AACUACGACAGGCAUCAUUUAGCAAUCAUUGCCCAAUAGAAACAGGAGUCCAGCGCAGGAUGAGGACUAUCGUUCUUGUUUGUUUGGUGGCGCUAGCGGCCGUCGGCUAUGCUAGGGACACGCGGUAUAAGAGAAACGCAGACCUCGAGGGAGCUGCCUCUCAUCACUGGGAGAAGGGUGGCGGCGGCAAACACCAUGGGGACCACUUCGGUGAAGGCGGUGGCCACGAAGAAAAGGGUUACAAAGGAUUCCAUGAUCACGAAUACGGCAAAAAAGGCCACUCCGACCACGAGGGACAUAAAGGUCAUUUCGGCGAACACGGUGGUCAUAAAAAAUACGACCACCAUGAUGAUGGAUACUACGGCGAGCACAACCAUGGUGAUAAAGGCGAAAAAGGCCAUAGUUUCGAAGAGAAGGGACACUACCACAAAGGCCAUGACACCAAGGGACACCACGGCAUUCACAAAAUAGAUGAGUUCAAAAAGGAUAAGCAUUUCCAUGACAAGCACGGAGAAUCUGGUUUCGAAGAAGAAUACGGCGGUCAUCAUCAUGAAGCCGACUAUAAUAAAGGAGGCCACUUCCACAAGGGACACAAAGACGGUGGAUUCCAUGAACAUGAACAUGGCGAAAAGGGUCACCAUGAGAAGGGAGGCCACCACCACGACCACAAGGGUCACCAUGAUGAAGCUGGGCUUGACGAGCACUGGGAUCACCACAGCGAUCACGGCAGCAAAGGAGGACACGAAGACCAUAGAGGUUGGGGCUGGAAAAAAGGACACAAAUGAAUUGAGCGACAAUUCAUGUUAUUGAAUACCUCCAUAUAAACUAUGAUGCGUUUUGUUAUUGUUGAUAUUUUGUGAUAUGGAAAUAAAUUAUUACUGACUACUUA